ACUAAACUUGCGCCCAAACGUCCAAAUAAAUUCUGUUUCUUCCUUGUUUUUUUACCGUUCCCCUCAUGUUUUAGAUAUUGUUGUUUAGUGGCCUUUGGCGGCAAACACUCGACCUUUCUACAUUUUUUAAUUCCCUCACACUUUUUUUAUUUCCCUCAUUUUCUUCAAGGUAUUUGUAUGUAACAACAACAAUGUUCAUUUCACAGUUGUUGCGCGGAUGAACGGAUUGAAAAAAGGAAAAAAGAAAGAAAUAAAGACUGGCGGUAGGAACAGAUGAAUAAAUGGGUUUUUGUUUAAGUGGCAAAAAAAGGAAGAAUAGUUUUGAAUGUUGGGGGAAGGGGAUGGCUGGAAGGAAUGGAGAAAAGGAGAGAAAGUGUUUUUUGAUGAACAAGGAAGAGAAAGUUUAUGUAGUUUACAAAAAUGGGAAAAAGGAGAUUUUAUGGAAAUUACAAAUUUAUGAGAGAGAUAUUUAUGGAUUUGAGACACUAUGGAUUAACAAAAAUAAAGAUAACUUUCAUUAUUGGAGAUAUAACUGUCAGAUAGAUUUAUUGUAUUUUUAA